AUGCUGACCAACCUGUUGAUCCUUUUUUUACUAGCGCUUCAAGCAUGUGAUGGGCUAAAAUAUUUGGUCUAUAACCCGAAAUUCGGCCGCAGUCAUGUGUUGUUGAUGGGGAAAUUGGCGGACGAGCUGGCCAACGCUGGCCAUGAAGUCGUAAGCUGAUUCGGAAAUGAUUUAUUGGACAUUCAGGUGGUGUUGCAAACACAAAUGAAUUCUGAGUUCAAUUUCACCGGAUCCAGCAACAAAAAGGUUCGAGUAAUUGAAGUGGAGGUCCCGCAGAAGAUGGACAAUUUGGGGGCUAUGCAUAACAUCUGGAAAGAUGAUAUGGACCCAGGUGUAAGUGCUUUGAAUUUGAGAUUUUUUCGGCGCUACGUCUUUUGGCUUGACUCGAUUGAUCGCUGCAUGCAUGGAGUCUAGGAGAGGGCUUAGUUAAUAGAAAUAUUAAGGUCGCUUUUAAAAGUCCUAGGAUAGUUUUAUCAAUUAAUUGGAUGUAUCUUAAAUGUACCCACAUUAAUAAUAUCUAUAUAAAAGUUAAUUGUCUUCGUUUUCUUGAUGGAAGUUUUGGUCAUUUCUAUGCUGCAAUUGCUCAGGGUCAAGAAAGUUAAGGUUAUCAAAAGCUAACAAUAAGAUUGGAAAAGUGGUCAAGCCUUCGCCAAGUCUCUGCCGAGCCUUCGCCUAGCAUACAAUAGCUAUGUCAGGCAUCGUAGGCACCCUUUACAUUUUUUUUUUGCCCUACCCCUCGUCUAGAUCUAUUUUUUGUUUACCCGAACAUUUGUCGGCCCGAAAAACCAAUACACGAAAAACUGCGCUUUAUUUCAUGCAGGAUGAAUUUACGUCCCCCUGCAAUGGUUUGGUUGCUCCCAACACAACUCUCUUACGAUUUCAGAUGCUUGGAGCACUAGGGGAGUUUUUUCGAGACGCCUGCAUAAACCUCUACGACAAAGACGACAUACUGACUCAACUCCGGGACGAAAAAUUCGACCUCGGAGUGGGCGAAUGGUUCGAUGUUUGCGGCUUGGGGCUCUUCAAGUUUAUUGGAGUGAAACGCUGGAUCACUGUGUUCGGCGGGGCAGCGGAUCCUUUCUUCAUGGGGGUGUUGGGCGUUCCACCCAGUGUUAGUAUUGUUCCUGGGCUCUUCGACGCCACAACGGAGCGAACUUUCAUGAUCAGGCUGAAGGAUCAGUUCGGGUAUUUCUUUGGGAAAUACAAAAUCUUCCCCACUUUCCAAGGAACUACCGCCGAAGCCUUCAAAAAGUUCGACAAAGACGUGACUUUUGAGGUAAGUUUAGACUUAAGAAUGCCGUGUUUUCACCGCUCAAAAUUAUGUAAUUACAGCUCAAAAUUAUGUAAUCAUCGCUCAAAAUAUUUCCACUUUCAGGAACUUAUUGCUCAAAGCUCAUUUAUUUGGGUAAACGUUGACGAAUUUGUCGACUUUCCGCGCCCCAUUUCCCACAAAUACAUCAACAUUGCGGGCUACGGGAUGAAGAAGGCGAUGGCGAAGACCAACAAGUUGGACCAGAAAUACCAAAAGAUCUUCGAUAAAGCCGAGAAGGGCGUGGUCUACAUGUCAUUCGGCUCGGUGGCGGAGAGCAAACUGAUGCCGCCGAAGAUGAAGCAAGCUAUCCUGGAGGCGUUCGCGCAAUUCCCGGAUGUGCAAUUCAUCUGGAAAUACGAGAAGGAUGAGGACAACGUUGCGAAAGGCUAUUCCAACGUGCACACCGAAAAAUGGUUGCCGCAAAGAGAGAUCCUGGCGCAUCCCAGGUGUCUGGCCUUCAUCACGCAUGGCGGUAUGAACUCAAUUACUGAGACAACAUAUGCCGGCAUCCCGACCAUCAGCAUUCCCCUGUUCGGGGACCAAAUGCGAAAUGCGGCCAUGGUCGAAGCGAAGGGCACGUCGAAGGUGUUGAAGAAGGAGCAAUUGCUGGACAAGCAGGCGAUCGUCGACACACUCAAAGAGCUCAUCGACAACCAAGAGUUCAAAAGACGCGCUGUGGAGUUGAGCGAGAUCAUCAAGAAUAAGCCGGGCAGUCCGGAGAGACGAAUCGUCGAGUCCGCCGAGUUUGCAGCUCGCUUCGACGUGCAAAAACACUUGGACAUCAGUGGCAGGCAUCUCAGCGCUGUGCAGUUUUAUAACAUUGACGUAUUUGCAUUUGCUUUCACGGUGGUUUUAGUAGUGUUGUUGAGUGUAAUUUUUGUUAUCGGACUUGUCGUACGAGCAUUCAGAAUGGGUUUAAAAUCAAAAGCGGAUUAGUUGCUGAGUGAAAUAAAACGCAUAACUCUCUAGUAUGGUUGCAUAUAAAUAUAAGCGUUCUAUAUUAUUUAUAUGUACAAGUCUUAUCUGACAUGUCAAUUUAUAGGAUAAACCGUAAAAAAUCUAAUUUUUAUAAUGUUACAAAAAAUGCGAAAUAUACAUCUUUUCCGGUAUUAUACGUAUGAUAUACCCCAGUAUCUCCAUACGUCAUGGAGAUACUGGGGUCUCUGAUUUCUCUGAUAAAUUUGAUUUGGAACAAAUAUCAGUCCUGCGCUUCAGACCUGAUAACAAAAAGAUUGGAGCUGUGUUUAUGCUACUGUAUUUAAAAAAUUACAGUAGCCCGGCAAUUUCUAAUUCAAGCAGGUCUCGUUGGUAAGUUUGAAAAGCUGGAAAAAAAACAAAUUCGGUGAAAUAAUACUUAAAAAGCGGGAAAUUUUCAUCAAUUUAUGAUUUAUCCUCAACUGACUCUUUUCGCUUCAGACCCAGAUCAUGAGACCAAUACCUACGUUGAACAAGAGAGGAUUUUCUUCGUUGUCCUUUCUGCACUAAUUGCAUUCUACGUCAAUCCAGAGUAGUAACAGUGUCGUCACAAAUAGAAUUUUGAAGAAAAAACUGUUGUUUUUAUCUUGGCUAACGGGGACAAAACCUUGACUUGCGGUGAAAAAAUAACGUUCUAAAAUUUUCUUUAUUUUAAAUGAUCAAUUUGCUUCAUUAAAAAUUCCUCAAAAAGAAUUUGGGCAUCUAAAAUUUUUUGGUCAUUCGAUUGUGUGUGGAUCAAACGUCGAAAUGGUUCAGGAUAUGCGCUGGAUCCACGUGCAUUUCACUAACAAAGAAAGUACCAUGUGCGACGUUGGGGCUUUCCUUAAAUUUUUCACACACUUCGGGCAAAGACUAAAUAUCAAUCUCUCAAAAUUUUAGCUCGCGCAUUCAAGGCGCAGCCGAGAUAUUCACCGGUCUUUGCCGCCGAGAGAGUACGCUAAACGCGGAGAGUGGGCAGAGAGAAAAACGUUUUUUUGCCAUAAUUUUGCUAGUUUUGUGCGGAAAAAAUUAUUUUUUUUGUAGAAACGUUAUCCUUUACAGUUGAAAUAGGCACGAAACUUUUCGUGCCGAAAUUCGGCAAAAAGUCCUAAUUUUUUGCCGACUUUCGAUCUAAAAAUCUCGGUUGUUUCUGCACAACGCGGGCUUGGAUUCUUGCAUAUAUGUUAGAAAAAAUUAUUAUAAAUUUGUGCCAAGUUUCAUCAAAAUCUGAGCGUCGCACUUGGGAUACCUCUCCUGUAAAUACUAAAUAAAAGACGGUCCAUCAGAAAUAUGUAUUGGGCGGUGGCGCUACAAUUUUGCUAGUUUUUUGAGUAAAAAUAUGAAAUGCCAAAUUUUUGCAUUCUUUUUCAUCACAAAAUGACCAUGUUACAGUAAUCCAAAAAACGAACGAACUUUCUGGUCGACCCUUUAUUCAUUUUUUUUAAAAUAGUCGUUUGCAACUUCGCAAUCUGAUAACGUUGAUUUUUUUCAAAUCGGUGUGUAACAAUUGGAAUUUGGCCUUAACAUUGUGCCAAGUUUUGCACAAGACCAAAAAUUCAAGGCCAACGCCCAAUUUUCGAACUCAACGUUCGCUUCCGGUCACAUCACUGCAUAUGUUUUUGUCAUCCUUAUCGCGGGCCUUGAUAAACCGUGUGUUUUUCUGUCUCUUGUCACAAGCCAUAGCACUGCACGAACGCAAUCAGCGGAAGGCACAGUCGCCAAACACGGGUCUUCUCAAUUCAUGUUCUUCGCGUGUUUGCCCAGCCGCUCAUCGCAAUCAAAUUAAAAUUUUGAGGCUCCAUACACCUACGUGGUUGUGCGCGCCGAAGCGGCCGCUUAUUCAAAUAGUCGUUGCUACCAAUUAGACGACUUAUUAUCGGGCACAACGAUGCUUCCGGUUGUCCACUUCAAAGCGCAGUAUGCGGCGCAUCGGAUGCUGAUGAUUACGACGCAUAUGCUUCUAAUUUUUUCAUGUAGGUUUGGGUUUUUUUUGUUUUCGGAGGAACAGCUCAACUUGACAAGGUUUACAGGGGAAAACAAAAAAAAAAGAAAUAUUCCAAUUGCGACGCUCAAAUUUUGAUGAAACUUGGCGCAAACAUAGAAUAAUUUGAAAAAAGAUAUAUGCGAGAAUUCUAGGUCGCGCUUUGCAGAAACGACCGAGAUUUUUACAUUGAAAAUCGGUAAAAAUGUGAUAAUUUUUGUAUAUCUUGGCAUGAAAAGUUUAAGCUCUUUCCCACUCUAAAGAGUAGUGCUUACAAAAGUUACUUUUCUCCACGCCACGAUCGAGAUUUUAAGGCCAAAAGUUGGUAAGCAAUUUUUGGCAAAUUUCAAAUAUGAAAGGUUUUAUGCCGAUUUUUACCAUAGAGAGUGAUGUUUGCACAAAAAAAAAUCAAUUUUUUCUUCAAGAAACUGGCAAAGAUCUGGCAAAAAAUGCUUUUUCUCUAUGAACGUUCCCUGUAUUUUGCUUACCACUUGGCCACAAAUAUUGACGAAUACCUCGGCUGUCUCUGCAAAGCACGAGCUGAAACUCUCCCCACUUGAUAUGCGACCUAUGACCAACGUGUGUGCAAAGUUUCAAGAAAAUACGAGCAUCGCAUUUCGAACACUUCCCUUGGCGAUUCUAUAUUCGCCUCAUUACUUUCUCCACAAACUAACACGUUAAUUUCGAAGUCUCGAAAAAAAAUCUUUAUUUUGCGUCACAGUUAUGCUUGAUAUCUCUAAAAGUUACGUUUUUGUUUGAAUAGGCUUUAUUUAUGAAGCUUUGAAAAUAGAAACAAAAAAUUUUAACCCCAACGAACCCACACCACCAACAAAAAAUUGCAAUCGUUCUCAGUUUGUCGGGAAAAUAAUGUGCAAUCUGACGUAUCGAAAAUCGCAUCGUAUAAUAGAAUGGAUUGUGUCGCGGAGAAAAUCAAAUUUCUUUCCACUUCAGCGACAGUGUUCUCAUUAUUUUCCCGACAAACUGAUAUUCUCCUCUUGCGAGGAAAUGAUCGCUUUUUCAAAGUAUACUGUUGCAAAAUUUCAGUGGUUUAUCUGAUCUUCUACGUGGUCCCACAGCAACGCCUGAGGGUGUGGCGGACGGACGCGCACUUUCGAUUACAAUUCAAGAGCAACCGCUUCGACUAUGCUGUGAAUUCGCCGCCCGCGGGUUAUUGCGACGAUGCCAAAGUAGUUGUGUUGAUUCCUUCUAGAGCCUCGUUUGGCGGGCUGGAUGCGCGGCUGGCGAUGCGAGAUACUUGGCUGAAAAAAGAGGUUGGUUCAAGGGUUUUAUUGAAGUUGUUGGGGAGAGGGAUCUGUGGUGCAAGAAAGCGAUAAAAAAGUGUCUCUAAAAGCAAGUUGUUGUAUGAAAACUAUACUGCCGGACAUAAAUUUCUGACCACCCAUAUCUCAAGCGAAUAUAACGCAAUCACCUUGAAAAUUGGCAUGUGUACUAGUCAUGACAGGUAGAAUGUGCCCCAUAAAAUUGUUUUUCAUGUCUCUGUCCUUAGGCGAGUUAUGCAGAUUUUUCGAAAAUGGAGUAUAAGUCUACUUUAAUCUUUUCAUCCUCAAAAAUGUUUUGUCCUAACUUUUUCAACUUUCUAGAACAUCCCUCCGGGCUUCUAUUACAAGUUCGUAAUCGGCCUCCCACAACACGAGUCGCCCGCUCGUCUCCGCAAAUUCCAGCGAAUGCUGAAGGAGGAGCAGGACGAAUUCAACGACUUGGUCAUCUACGAUUUGCCCGAUACGUAUCACAAUUUGUUCUUGAAGACUGGCGUCCUCAUGCAAUGGCAACAACGGUUCUGUCCGUCGGCCCAAUAUUUGAUCAAAGCCGAUGACGACACCGUCAUCGAUUUGAAACGAAUGAGCAAACAGUUGGACGAAUGGUUUUCCGCUGAUGCCAAAGUGGACCCGAAGAUGGUUUGGGGCAAAGUUCUGAGCAAUUCGACGGUCAUCCGGAAUAAGGAUGAUAAAUGGUAGGGGUUUGAUGCUUUGUAUUUAGUAGUGACAAAGUUUUUAUCAUACAUCUUUGGUCUCAAAUCUGCACUGUUCUGCUCUUCUUCUCACUCAAAAAGAACGUUCUCUGUCUUGUGAUUCAAAUUGUGUGUUUUUGCAUAAAAGCAAACAAAGCGCAUUCCGAGUUAGAAAUGAAACAGUGCGUUUUUUGCUUUUUAAAACUUAUGGAAUGACAAAGUGAUUCCUUCAAAAAUUUAUAUGCGUGUUUAGCAAGAUCGCACUUCCCUUUUUUGGGGCAAAAUUGGCCACGUAUGUACGUAUGUUACGACUUUGACCUAUGAUAGAUAUGUCCGUAUGUUAUCUAUGGGUAUUCUCAAAAAGUACAUUGACAUUUUACCACUUUCGCACAAUGCAUUUCGAACCUUUUCCAUGUAUACCGCCGUCGAGAAAAUGAAUCAUCAUUAUUUUCCGGUAGUCUAAUUUUUAAAAGUUUCGUGCGACGCUUUUGAGCCACUUCCUAAUCCUUUUUCAAUUGCCUUUUUUGUCUGAAAACUAUUGUUCUCCUGGUAUAAUUAUACCCUUCAAUUGUCUCACAGAAAGCCAUAAUGUUUGUGUCUGUAAACAUGGAUACGCAACUGUCUAAAACCCGUCAAAAAAUUACAGUUUUUCUGGCCUUUCGUAACCUCAAGUUACACUUAUAUGCUUCGCCAUUUACCAACGCUAUUAUUUCCAAAGUUUUCCUUGCAAUUUUCACUCCUGAACUUCUCCAUUCAAAAUUUUGUUUUAGGUAUUUGCCCACAUCCAAAUACGACAAAGAAAAGUAUCCGAAAUACACAAAUGGUGCAAUUUACAUUCUGACAACGCCGGCCGUACAAGCCAUUCUGAAUGUGACACACACAUCUGAAGACAUCUUUUUGGAAGACGUCUUCUUUACCGGCAUUCUCCGCGAACGCGCCAAUGUCUCCAUCGUGGACGUGGAGACGUUCUACCCCGAGUAUUGGGUAAGUUCUUUUCGAACUUUUAUACACAAGAUAUUGGGGGUGCUUUGUAUAGAAACGACCGAGAUUUUUACACUGUAAGAUCAAAGGUUGAAAAAAAUUUGCCACUUUCAAAUAUGGUCAAGAAAAGUUUCAUGCCUGUUUCUAUUGUAGAUGGUAAUGCUUCCAUAAAAGACCAAUUCUUUCCUUACAAAACUGACAAAGAUACGGCCAAAAGUGUUUGUUUUCUACCUCCAUUUUCAAUAGAAAAAAGGCAUAACUUUUGAAUUUUUACAGUUCCACAACUACUGCGAAGAGAACAUCCCAAUCCUCGCUGGACUUUACGGGGUGUCCGCGAACAGCAUACCACCGUUGUAUCGAUCACUCCUUUCAAUAGACUGCUCAAAACUCGACGGCAAUAGCUCCGGCUACGUAUAUGUAAAUAGAGGUUCUUGA